GGUAAUGUUACAGUUGUUGACAACACGUGUACUGAUUGUCUGUUUGUUGUCAAACAUUGUUGUCAUUGACUUGAAGUGAUUGUCGAUUGAAUCAAUUGAAUGGUUUGUCAUGUCUUUCGAUGUCCGCCGGUUUGAUGUCUACCGCAAAGUACCCAAAGACCUGACUCAGGCCACUGUGACGGGCGCCGUCAUAUCCAUCUGUUGUCUCCUUUUGAUUGCAUUCCUCUUCAUCUCAGAGUUGUUUGACUUUAUCUCCACUCAAAUAACGAGUGAACUGUUUGUGGAUAACGUGGGAGAGAGCGACAAAAUAGCCGUCCGAUUGAAUAUAUCACUUCCAAAGCUGUCAUGUGUUGUGGUGGGACUCGACAUCCAGGAUGAGAACGGCAGACAUGAGGUGGGGUUUGUGGACAACACCGACAAGAUAGUGAUCAACGAUGGCAUUGGGUGUCGGUUUGAGGGCUCAUUUAAGAUCAAUCGGGUCGCCGGCAACUUCCACGUGUCGACCCAUUCGGCUAAACAACAGCCCGACCACAUCGACAUGACUCAUGUGAUCCAUGAGGUGUCGUUCGGGGAUCCGAUGGAUGCGUUUGACAUCAACGCUAACUUCAAUCCUCUCAAACAAAUGGACAAAACUGGCGCUCAGUCGCAAGAAUCACAUGAUGGUUUGAUACCUAUCUCUUGUGAACAUGUGAGACAACUUCUGGAUGUUAUGCUGACCAGUGAUGGCAACGGUUCCAAUGUGCUCAUUGUUGACUGCCGACCAUUCCUCAUCCAUAAUGACUCACAUAUUGUCCAAUCCAUUAACAUUCACUGCCCCGCCAUCAUCAGACGAAGAACUGGUAAUCGACUGCCACUCAAGACCAUAAUCCCUGACCAACAGAUCAGAGACCGACUCUUCACUCAUUUCUAUUACCCAAUCGUCUUAUACGAAGAAACAGAUUUGGCCUCCGAGUCCAUCGGCUCUUAUGUGGCUAAUUGUCUUCAACAGGAGGUCGGCCUCAAGAGCGUCCACUUCUUAGAGGGCUCGUCAGUUCCAAACCCAUUGAGCACUUCGAGCUCAAGUAACAUAUCUAGUCGCAGUCCAAUCGGCAAUCAUAGCCAUACCUGGCCAAUGAAGUCUACACCUAAAGGCUUUCUAACUCCACGGACACCAAAAAACAAUAACCUGAAUGUGGAUAUGGUUGCACCACUCUCUUUUGGCAAUGACCAGGCUGAACCCGUCGAAAUACUACCCUAUUUAUAUCUGGGCAGUGAAUAUCAUGCCUCCUGUAAACCAAUGUUGAAAAAUCUUGGCAUUACUGCUCUCCUUAAUGUUUCGCAUACCUGUCCCAAUCAUUUCGUGGACUGUUUUAUUUAUAAAUCUAUUCCUAUUGAAGAUUCCAAGAGCGAAGACAUUAGUAUUUGGUUCAGUGAAGCCAUCGAUUUCAUAGAUUCAGUGAAGAAUGCAAAUGGAAAAGUUCUGAUCCACUGUCACGCGGGCAUCAGUAGGUCUGCCACCAUAUGUAUGGCAUACCUAAUGGCAACCAAACGGAUUCGUAUGGAGGAGGCCUAUGAAUACGUGAAAUCAAAGCGCAAAAUAAUUUCUCCAAAUUUCAAUUUUAUGGGACAAUUGCUUGGAUUCGAGACACAAGUCUUCUCUCCGACUAAUCCGUGUCGAGAAAGACAACAGCUAUUAGUGGAGCCGUUGUCUCCAUUAUUAUGUCGAAUAUCGUCCUCUUGUGGAGUGGCGCACAAUGAGGAGAUGACUCCGGGAGACAAAUACAGAGGCAGUUCAGCGCCUUCAUCGCCAUCCAGAAUGAGGAGUGAAUGCGAAAGACUUGUGUUUGACUUCACUCAAGUGCCAAUCAAUACAAUGAAUUCACAGAUUACUACUAGUAUUUCCAAUACAUCUCUCAAGUCUAGUCAACUACUGGACAGUCCAAUCCGUACCUGA